GGAGGAGGGAAUGAUAUUCAGUGGUGUUUUUCUCAGGUGAAAGGAGCAGUAGAUGAUGAUGUAGCAGAAGGAGGGUAUGGUUCCAUUCCAUUUUAUCCAAACAUGAUAACAGAUUAUCCAGGAACAAGUUAUAACGAAGGGAGACUGGUUCCAGAACACGUCUCUGGAAAUAACCUUACGGACCCUGACUCUCAUGGCAGCAUUGCAACCCUUCCAGGUACGGGAAUAAAGUCCUAGUCAGUGCCAAGUGUGAAGAGGGAGUUUGCUGGUGAAGAGAGAGGAAGAAAUGAUUGGGGCCUGCUCUCCAGGAGCAGCAGAUAUAAUUUCUACAGUAGAAUUUAAUCAUUCUGGAGAAUUACUAGCAACAGGAGAUAAAGGUGGUAGAGUUGUCAUCUUUCAGCAGGAGCAGGAGAACAAAAUCCAGUCUCAUAGCAGAGGAGAAUAUAAUGUUUACAGCACCUUCCAGAGCCAUGAACCAGAGUUUGACUACUUGAAAAGUUUAGAAAUAGAAGAAAAGAUCAACAAAAUUAGAUGGUUACCCCAGAAAAAUGCUGCUCAGUUUUUAUUGUCUACCAAUGAUAAAACAAUAAAAUUAUGGAAAAUUAGUGAAAGGGACAAAAGACCAGAAGGGUAUAACUUGAAAGAAGAGGAUGGAAGGUAUAGAGAUCCUACUACAGUUACUACACUACGAGUGCCAGUCUUCAGGCCCAUGGACCUAAUGGUAGAGGCCAGUCCACGAAGAAUAUUUGCCAAUGCUCAUACUUACCACAUCAACUCCAUUUCUAUCAAUAGUGAUUAUGAAACUUAUUUAUCUGCAGAUGAUUUGCGGAUUAAUCUUUGGCACCUGGAAAUUACAGACAGGAGUUUUAAUAUUGUGGAUAUCAAACCUGCCAACAUGGAAGAGCUCACAGAAGUGAUCACAGCCGCAGAAUUCCAUCCCAACAGCUGUAACACGUUUGUGUACAGCAGCAGUAAAGGAACCAUUCGGCUGUGUGACAUGAGGGCAUCAGCCCUCUGCGAUAGGCAUUCUAAACUGUUUGAAGAACCAGAAGACCCCAGUAACCGGUCUUUUUUUUCCGAAAUCAUCUCCUCUAUUUCUGAUGUAAAAUUCAGCCAUAGUGGUCGCUAUAUGAUGACUAGAGAUUAUUUGUCAGUCAAAAUUUGGGAUUUAAAUAUGGAAAACAGGCCUGUGGAAACAUACCAGGUGCAUGAAUACCUCAGAAGUAAACUUUGUUCGCUAUAUGAAAAUGACUGCAUAUUUGACAAAUUUGAAUGUUGUUGGAAUGGAUCUGACAGUGUUGUCAUGACUGGAUCUUACAAUAAUUUCUUCAGAAUGUUCGACAGGAACACAAAGCGAGAUAUAACCCUAGAAGCAUCACGAGAAAACAAUAAGCCUCGCACAGUUUUGAAGCCACGCAAAGUCUGUGCAAGCGGCAAGCGAAAGAAAGAUGAAAUAAGUGUUGACAGCCUAGAUUUCAACAAGAAAAUUCUUCAUACAGCCUGGCACCCCAAGGAAAAUAUCAUUGCUGUAGCUACUACAAACAAUCUGUAUAUAUUUCAAGACAAAGUGAAUUAGGGUUGGUAUUCCUAGCAGAAGAGCCCACUUCCUGCUUAGUUGAGAUAGUUGAAUCUAGCAUUUGUACCUAUAAAAGAGAGAGGUUCAUUGUGGCACCCCUUCCAGUGUUUGACAGUGUGCCAUUUGACAACACAUGUUUAUAGCUACGUGGAGAAGCUCUGUGGUUUCCUCACUGGUGUUCUCCAUGUCUGCUAGCCAUUUAGGUAAGGGUAGGGCACUUUUAAUUUAAAUGACUUCUUGCACCAUCUUGCCUAAUGGACUAGAUUGGACUGUGUCAACAUUGAUUUACUCCACUUAUGCCUUCCAUUGUGAUGACGUCAAACACAGUGAACGCCUUCAGUCAUGCUAUGGGAUUUAAUUGUGUAUCCUCAUUACUGUAUCAUUUGUGGGGUACACCCCUUCCCCCUUUUUUAAAAUUAAA